CUCCAUUCCAACAUGCUCUACUCAGUCAUACAAUAGAAUCUGCAUUUGCCACUCAAAAACAUGUCCACAGACUCAAACUCUCAGCCAAACCAGCCAGAUCACCCCAAUGGCCCAAUUAGUUUUUCUACCAUCAAUGAUUUCUUUUGGGACUUUGUCAAUGAUCCAGUUGAAGGUCAGAUAGAGGAACAAAUUCAAGCUCAGAUUGAAGCGCAACAAAUGUCUAGUCACCAUCGAAAUAAGUCUCGCAGGCACGUCGAUAGAAACCGUGAAGCUGCUGAAAAGCAAUUGAUGGAUGACUACUUCUCGGAUAAUCCUAGGUACAAUGAUAAGCAGUUUCGUCGAAGAUUCCGUAUGCGGCGCCAUCUAUUUCAUCACAUUGUGCAAACCCUUACUGAUUGGUCUCCACAAUUCCGCCAACGGAGUGAUGCAUUUGGCAAGAUUGGAUUUUCUCCUUUGCACAAAUGCACAGCUGCUAUGCGUAUGUUGGCAUAUGGCACACCGGCUGAUGCCCUUGAUGAAAAUCUACGAAUGGGUGAAAGCACAGUCCUUGAGUGCUUGACCUAUUUCUGCGAAGGUGUGAUGAAGAAUUUUGGUCCAGACUACCUACGGAGGCCCAAGAAUGAAGAUAUAAAUCGAUUGCUUCAAAUAGGGGAGGCACGAGGCUUUCCUGGAAUGUUAGGAAGCCUCGAUUGCAUGCAUUGGCAAUGGAAGAAUUGUCCAGUUGAGUGGCAGGGGGCGUACACUCGUGGUGAUCAAGGGGCAGCCACAAUCAUGCUUGAAGCUGUUGCAUCUCAGGACCUAUGGAUAUGGCAUGCAUUUUUUGGUACUGCUGGAUCAAAUAAUGAUCUCAAUGUGCUAUACCAGUCACCUUUGUUUACAGAAGUAGUACAGGGAAAGGCUCCAGAGGUUCAGUUUAUGGUCAAUGGUAAUGAGUACAAGCUGGGAUAUUACUUAGCAGAUGGUAUUUAUCCGGAGUGGGCAGCAUUUGUGAAAACAAUCCCCUUGCCUCAAAGUGAAAAGCACAAGUUAUUUGCACAGCAUCAAGAAGGAGCGAGGAAAGAUGUAGAGCGUGCCUUUGGUGUUUUGCAAGCUCGUUUUGCCAUUAUACGGGAGCCAGGACGUAUGUGGCAAAAGAAGACGCUUGCUGAGAUCAUGUAUACUUGCAUCAUAUUGCACAACAUGAUCGUCGAGGACGAGAGGGACUCCUAUGAGGUUCGUUAUGAUUUGGACUACGAACCAGGAAGUUAUUCUAUAGCACUAGAAGGACUUGAAGAAGGGCCAAUUCACGGAUUUGAUAUGGUACUCGAGGCAAAUGCUGCAAUUCGUGAUCGACCUACUCACCGCCGGCUAAAGGCUGACUUAGUGGAGCAUAUUUGGCAGAAAUAUGGAGGCAAUGAAGCUUAGUAUUUGUGUGUUUGUCAUCCUGUUUUAAUUCUUAUUUUCCAUGCUUCAAAUUGUAUCCUAAAUCUUAUUUUCUGCUUCCUUCUUAAUAAAUGUAUACUAUCUCAGUUUGUUAGUCAUGACAUGUAACAUGAUUUAAACGAGUAAUUUCAGAAUAGUUGUGAUUCAACAAAAUUAUAUGCAAGUGAUAGAACAAUAGCACACAGAGAAGCAUGUAUUCAUCGCUGGAAAUGUUCACACAUAAACACGCUACGAGAAUACCAGAUUAGAUUAGCAAACCUUGCUAUCUGCGUCUGUGCUACUUGCAUCGGACAUUCAGGCGGCAGUAGACUAGCGAUUGGGUGCAGGUUCGACCCGGACUGGUCGAGAGUCCUG